AUGAAAACCGCGGAGAGAAGAACCGCUCAAGAACCGGCGAACCGGUUAAAAACCGGCCGGUUGGACCGAACUGCCCCGACCCCAUUCAUUUAUCAAUCAUCAUCUGAACAUCUCCAAUGGAGAAGGAGAACCCUAGCGGCGCUGCCUGAACCCUCCUUUGCCAUCCUUCGCCCCCUGUCGCCAUCCUUCGCCCCCGUGGUGUCGCCAUCCUCAGCUCCAGCAACCCUCCAAUCUCCAUCGUCGCCUGGUUCCUGCCCAGUAGCCCUCAAUUUCCAUCGUCUUCAUCUUCUCAAGUCUCAACACCAGCACGUAGUAGCCUCUCAUCGGCGGUCCUCAACAGGCAACACCGGCAGCACUCCAUCGACCCCAGUUAUGGAAGAUAGUAUUAAUCAAGAAGCAACUGCUGAUAACAAUGCUUCUGUGAAUAAUAACAUGCUGAUGUUGGGAUCUAAUAUUUACAUAUGCUUUUAUUACUAUUUAACUUUUGAGUUUGGAUUUUGAUAAGAUCAUAUGUAUUUGGUUGAUGGUAUUUUAUGUAGUGUUUUUAAUUUCGAAGAUAUUUUAAGAUUUGUAUCAGACUAUAAUUAUAUUCUAGGAUGUGUAUUUAUAAUUUAUUUAUUAUUCUACUCUAAAACGGUUUUUCCGGUUGAACCACCGGUUGAAUCGGUUAGACCAAUAAACCAGUGAACCAGUGACUAGAGCGGUUUGAUGAUCGGUCCGAUUUUCUGAACCUUGGUUCUACGGGUUGCCAUACAUACCAUAUGUUGCAAAGUUAUUUGCCAGUCAACACAUAGGUAUUCUUAACCAUCCAAAAUCAUGCCACUAAAGAACUCACCUAUAUAUAUAUAUAUAUAUAUAUCCUUUUGAAUAAUUUUCAACCCUUCUAUUUUCAUGCAAAGUUCAUUUUCCCAUGGUUUCUCAUGUUAAGCUAUUUUUGGAAGGAAUGGUCCCCGAAUUAAUUGUGUAGUGGCUACCUAAUAAGCUUAAUUAUGUUCUUAGCUUCCAUUUCUAUUUCUGAUUCCAUAACUCUUCCUAAUCCCCAUCCCCAAAUUAAAACAAAUACUACUACUACUAUGCAUGCCACCUCCAUCUAUCUCUAUAAAACACUUUAAUUUGAGCCUUCUUAAUACUUUUAAUUUAUUUAUAUUUUGUGGCUGCACCUAAUACACAUGCAUCGUGUAUGCAUAAUUUCACUCAAGUAGUGCUACUGCUACGUACUGUACGUAAUGCAUAUACGGUAUAUUAAUUUAUGUCU